AUGGACACUCCGCUGCCGCUCAUUGAUGUUUCUUCUCGUUUAACCGAACGAUUACCUCGUUUGCGAAUGGCUGAAAAGGUUUCAUUUUUCAUUUUUUUUCAGAUGCGCGAAUUCAAAGUGGUGGUGCUAGGUAGUGGAGGUGUAGGAAAGUCGGCGCUUACAGUUCAGUUUGUCAGCAGUACGUUCAUCGAAAAAUACGAUCCUACCAUAGAAGACUUCUAUCGAAAGGAAAUCGAGGUCGAUGGUCAACCCUGCGUUUUAGAGAUUCUGGACACUGCUGGUACGGAACAGUUCUCAUCUAUGAGAGAUUUGUAUAUCAAAAACGGGCAGGGUUUUGUAGUUGUGUAUUCAAUCACAAGCCAACAAACAUUCCAUGAUAUCAAAACAAUGCGGGAACAAAUUGUACGGGUCAAGGGGACAGAACAGGUCCCAAUCCUAUUAGUAGGGAACAAAUGUGAUCUUCAGCACCAGCGACAAGUAAGGACUGAUGAAGGCAUAGCACUAGGUACGAACGAAAUGAUUUCCCUUAUUUUUAUGAUUUUUUUCGAAAAAUAUUCUGUAAUUCUUUCUUAA